GUGGGGUUGUUGCAACGGUACCUAAACCGCAACCUCCAAAUGAAUUUCCAAAGUUCGCGCUGGUGACUCAAGACAACUUCAAGACCGACCAAUUCCUCGAAAUAACGAAUUGCGCAACUCGCCCCGGCCUCUAGGCUCUCUAGAUAAGACCCUCGUAAGGGGCUAGGUAUAUAGAAGAUGCCUACCAUUUCAGUCAAUAAAUAUGACCUCUACGAGGCUCUAGGUCAAAAAUUCACCACCGCCGAGUUUGAGGAUUUAUGCUUCGAGUUUGGUAUAGAGCUAGAUGAGGAUACCGAGAAUGAAGAGAGACCUAUCGUGAAUGGCGUUCAAGAACCUCCCCAGCUGAAGAUCGAGAUCCCCGCAAAUCGAUAUGACCUCCUCUGCUUCGAGGGCAUUGCUCUCAUGCUUAACAUCUUCCGAGGAAGGCAGCCUACGCCUAACUUUAGAUUAGUUCAGCCUGUUUCUGGAGAUAUGCAUACCAUUACCGUCCUCGAGGAUACCAUGAAGGUCCGCCCGUUGGUUGCCGGCGCCAUCUUGCGCAAUGUGAAGUUCACUCAGAAAAACUACGAUUCCUUCAUCGCUCUCCAAGACAAGCUACACCAAAACCUCGCCCGCCAACGUACCUUAGUAGCCAUUGGUACCCACGACUUGGAUACCAUCAAGGGUCCCUUCACAUACGAGGCGCGACCGCCGCAAGAAAUUGUCUUCAAGCCCCUCAAUCAAUCCAAGGAGAUGAACGGGGAGGAGCUGAUGGCUUUUUACGAGAAGGACAAGAACCUAGGCAGAUACUUACACAUUAUCAAGGACAGCCCAGUGUACCCCGUCAUCUACGAUGCGAAUAGGGUUGUCUGCUCGCUGCCGCCUAUCAUUAACGGCGACCAUUCCAAGAUUACUCUCAACACGAAGAACGUCUUUAUAGAAUGCACAGCAACGGACCAGACGAAGCUAGAAAUUGUCGUCAAUAUGAUGGUCGCAAUGUUCUCCGCCUACGCCGAGGAGCCCUUCACCGUCGAACCUGUCAAGAUUAUUUCCGAUCACAACGGCCAGACGCGAAUAACGCCAAACCUAACACCGCGAAAAACUACUGUAGAAGUCGACUAUUUGAACGGUUGUCUCGGCCUGUCAGAGUCCGCCGAGAACAUCAGCAAACUCCUUUCCAAGAUGGCCUUAGCAGCCAAGCCCUCAGACGAGGACCCGAACGCCCUAGUAGAAGUCACGAUACCGCCGACGCGCGCCGACAUACUUCAGAGAUGCGAUAUCAUGGAAGACCUAGGCAUCGCGUACGGCUUCAACAAGCUCCCUAGAAUGUCCGUAACCAAGACGGUCGGCGCCCCCCUGACCCUCAACAAGCUCGCCGACAUCGUGCGCCUCGAGUCCGGCCUGGCGGGCUGGUCCGAGGUCAUGCCGCUGAUCCUGUGCAGCCACGACGAGAACUUCGCGUGGCUGAACCGCAAGGACGAUGGCACCAAGGCCGUCAAGCUGGCCAACCCCAAGACGGCCGAGUACCAGAUCGUGCGCACGUCGCUGCUCCCCGGGCUGCUCAAGACGAUCCGGGAGAACAAAGGGGUGGCCCUCCCGCUCCGCAUCUUCGAGACCUCGGACGUCGUGUUCAAGGACCCGGCCGUCGAGCGCAAGGCCCGCAACGAGCGCCACUUCGCGGCCGCCUGGUGCGGCAAGACCUCGGGCUUCGAGGAGGUGCACGGCCUGCUGGACCGCGUCAUGGCCAUGCUGCGCCAGGCCUUCCUGACGCACGAGGAGGGCCUCGGCACCGCCGCCGGCGUCGGCACCGGAAAGGCGGUCGACUUCGAGGUGACGCCCCAGCACCUCAAGCGCAACGGCUACUGGCUCGAGCCCGUCGACGACGAGCCUACUUUCUUCCCCGGCCGCGCGGCCGCCGUGUUCGCCCGCGUCGACGGCAAGUCGGCGCGCAUCGGCGAGUUCGGCAUCCUCCACCCGUCCGUGCUCGACAACUUCGAGCUCAAGUACCCCGUCAGCACGCUCGAGAUUAACCUCGAGGUCUUCUUAUAAAGGAAGAAGGAUGGAUAACAAGAAAAGGAGACGAGGGGCGGGGAAGGUCUUUUGAGCGUGACGAAGAGGGGAAGGGGAGUUAGAAUCAAGUCAAGGUCAAGGUCAAGUCAACGUCGAAGUUAAAGCUAGGGUAGGUACCUAGUUAAAGAAAAUAGGAGUACGGCUUAGCUUAGAGCUGGGAUGGUACGGCUUCCCGAGAGACUAGGAAGGGAAGGGGAGAAAAAGAAAAGACGAAGAAGAAGAAAAAGAAGAAAAAGACCUAGAUAGGUUAGGUACCUAGGGAGAUAAGAAGAAGAAUACCUGAUAGGUACCUACCUAUAUCCCGAAACUCGCAGCUUGGGGAGUAUCGUGAUGAAUUCUUUUUAUAGGAUACGAUUUGAUUUGA